CAAAAAUAAUCACUUACCGGCCGCCAUUGUUGUUUGUGUUUUGUAUGCUGUUUUGACCAAAGCGUAAAUAAAUCUCUUUUCAUCUCAAAGUUUGUUAACUUUGUUGCAUAUUUUAAAUAAAAGCUAACUGAAGAAUCGACCAAUAUGUCAAUUGGUGUACCUAUUAAAGUACUUCAUGAGGCAGAAGGCCAUGUAGUAACUUGUGAAACGAACACCGGCGAAGUCUACCGUGGAAAACUCAUAGAAGCCGAAGAUAACAUGAAUUGCCAAAUGACCAUGGUUACCGUCACCUAUCGCGAUGGCCGAGUCGCUCAACUAGAGAAUGUUUACAUUCGAGGCUCCAAGAUAAGAUUGCUUAUAUUACCUGACAUGUUAAAAAAUGCUCCUAUGUUCAAACGACAAGGGAAUAAACCAUCCGCUGGACGCGGUAAAAGUGCUAUAUUACGAGCUCAAGCAGGCCGAGGAAGAGGCGGAGGGAGAGGUGGAGGGCACCGUGGUGGUUGGCAGGGAGGCUCUGGCCCUUCGAGACGUUAACGCUGCCUGACAAGUCAUUAGUAUUAACUUUUAAUAUUACUCUUUAAAGUUAAUAAGCAAAGGUAGCCUUUUCAAAGUCAACUAAGAUUUAAUGAAAACAAUAUAAAUGGAUUGAAACAAUUAUCGUUUUUUGUAGAGUGUUAAAUUCAAAAGGUAGUCAUCGGGUAAGAUUUUGAUGUAAACGUUGCAAUUGCUAACUUUUAACAAAUUUUAAUGUCUGAUGAUCAUGUUGUUAUUAUAAUAGGGUAGUGGGCUGGGUUUAUCAACAUUUGAAACAAUUACAUCAUUACAAAGUUACUUAUGUUUAUGAGAUGCAGUGGAAUCGGGCUGGCAGAGCGAGGAUCACCGACUUGGUUUAACUGUACUAGCAGUCCAAGAGUUGGAUGAUCAUGUUUAAGUUUUUAGUAGUAAGGCAAUGGCAAGAGACUUCUAAGUGCUCAGAUUACACUGUUUUGCCUGGAGAAUUAAGUGAAGUGCAAGUUAAGGCUGUAUGAAUAUGACUGCCAAAGUUUGUGCAUGGGGUACAGAUGGAAGGGGUAAUUUGUAUGCAUUGUAAAAAAUUACUUUUUAUAUUAAUGAAAAGUGAGUGUAUGUGUACUGAGAAAGUAUUGCUGGAUUACCUUUCCAGAUCAGAAAGCUAUCUAUCUAUAUUAAAGCAGAUAUAGAUAGAUUUUGUCAGGUAACUGAGGUUCCUUCAAGUCGACUACCUUAUUCUUGUAUCAACAAUAAUGUUGAAGUCAUUUG